AUGAAAAAGACGGGCUUUCUCAAGAAAUUAAAGCUAUUAAAAAAAGACGAUCCGGAAAGAAUUAAAUUACUUUCAAAGCUAGUAAAAGAGUUGAAGGAGCCAAACAUUUAUCUCUUAGAAAGGAUUGUGUUUUAUAUUCCAAACGAUUUGGUGUAUAAAGUUUUCAACGAGACACGAAUUAUUAUAAGAAAUGGAGGCUAUCCUACAGAGGAUAGUACUAGACUAAAAAGUGCAGGUGGUAUAUUUUUCAGAUUAAUAAGGAAUCAAAUACCUCACGAAGAAUAUAAGAGGAUCUGGAAUAUUCAGAGACGAAAGAAAAAGAAAGAAAGAGAUAGUAAAUUGUUACUUCAUGAUAUAAAUAAGAAUAUAAAAGGGGACAAAGAUGAUGAAUAUGAAGAAGGAGAGUUAUCUGAGGAAGCUAUAUUAAUGGAUGACUUGAAGUGCAUGUAUUUGUGA